CUUGGUCCUACCCUAGUCAGUUUCUCGGAGCAUGCGCAGUCACUUUUCCGGUCGUUCCACCUUCGGACGUAUGUCAAGAUGGCGGCCUCCGUAGUGACUACGCUGCUGAGGCGCCUUCCUAGCGUUUGGUCCUUCAGAGGUGCCUACGGAGUUCAGGUUCCUCUCCAGACUCUUUGCACUGACGUCUCCCCUGAGGAAAAUUCUUUACCCCCGGUUCCCAUUUCCCCUUAUAAAAAUGAACCCUGGAAAUAUCUGGACUCAGAAGAAUACCAGACCCGCUACGGUUCUCGCCCCGUCUGGGCUGACUACCGUCGCAACCACAAAGGUGGAAUACCCCCACAGCGGACUCGAAAGACAUGUAUUCGUAAAAAUAAAGUUGCUGGGAAUCCCUGCCCUAUCUGCCGGGAUCACAAGCUGCACAUCGACUUUAGGAACGUGAAGCUCUUGGAACAGUUUGUCUGCGCCCACACGGGUAUCAUCUUCCAUGCGCCAUACACAGGAGUCUGUAUGAAUCAGCACAAGAAGUUGACCCAGGCUAUCCAGAAAGCCAGGGAUCACGGUCUCCUCAGUUACCACAUUCCCCAGGUUGAACCUCGGGAUCUUGACUUCAGUAACUCUCAUGGAGCUGUGAGUGUUACUCCGCCAGCCCCCACUCUGCUUUCAGGGGACCCCUGGUACCCAUGGUACAACUGGAAGCAGCCGCCAGAGAGCGAGCUGUCCCGCCUUCGCCGGCUCUAUCGAGGCCAUCUCCGAGAAGAGAGCGGCCCCGCCCCUGAGUCAGUGCCUGAGGUGCCACCCACAAGCCGAGCUGAAGCGGCCCGGUGCAGGCGGGUGCAGGCGGGCCCUCGGAGCGCUCUGUAGGAGCUGUAGACAGGGAAGGCCGCCUGAGGGGUUAGGAGCCAACACCUAGGAAUUACAUGACGGGAUUUCCUGUGAAGAAUGGUGUCUUGUCUUGUGGCCAGUGGCUGGCUGGUCCAGGGCCAGAGAAAGGAAGUGGCUGUUGAUGAAGGGGAUGAAUACAUCUGAGGCUGAGGGAGGGCACUACAGACAUCUGGGAAACCCUAACCCAAUGGUGUGAAAAGAUGGGCUCGACAUUCUGUUGCUGUUUCAGACUUGUGCCAAGUCGGCUUUUCCACAAUAAAGCUGUGUCUCCUGUGUCGGCUGACUGUCAGA